AUGAGUGUCAUCAGUGCUAUUGAUAAGCAUUCAGUGCAUAAGAUUUGUUCAGGGCAAGUUGUGCUUGAUAUAGCCACUGCUGUAAAAGAGCUGGUUGAGAACAGUAUUGAUGCGGGAGCUACCUCAGUAGACGUCAAUUUUGUAGAUAGCGGCAUUGGAGGCAUCGAAGUAGUGGAUAAUGGCUGUGGCAUUGAUCCUUUGAAUUAUGAAUCACUUGCACUGAAGCAUUAUACAUCAAAGAUCAGCAACUUUGAGGAUUUGGAAAAGGUCAUGACAUUUGGUUUUCGAGGAGAAGCAUUGAGUUCACUUUGCGCACUGUCUCAUCUAACCGUAGUUACAGCAACAAAGACACAAGCACCAAUGGGCGUCAAAUUAGAGUACGAUUCAGCUGGAUCUCUGAAAUCAAAGGCGCCUCAAUCAAGAACAGCAGGCACUACACUUCAGCUGACGGAUUUAUUUCACUCUCUGCCUGUGCGUCGACAAGAAUUCAAACGAAACAUCAAGCGAGAAUUCGGUAAAGCGUUGAUCAUCCUGCAAGCCUAUUCCAUUAUAUCCACCAAUGUCAAGAUCACCGUCUCCAAUCAAACAGGCACGAAGCCUAGCAUCAAAAUCAUGUCUACCAGCAAGAACCAGAAAAUGAGUGACAAUAUCACCAACAUUUUUGGAUCUAAAUUGACGUCGCAAAUCAUCCCUUUCAAUGUGGAUCUGGGAUCUGCGCUGGAAGGAGGGUCUGUGGAAGGAUUCAUAUCAAAACCGGAGUGGGGAUUAGGCAGAAGCACCUCAGAUCGACAGUAUUUCUAUGUAAACGGCAGACCUUGUGUGCUUCCUAAGGUUGCAAAAGCCAUCAACGAUGUCUACCGUAUUUUCAUCACCAACCAAUACCCCGUUGUCGUUGCCAACCUCAAGUUGCCUACAGACACCUACGAUGUCAAUGUGAGUCCUGACAAGAGAACCAUCUAUCUUCAUGAAGAAAAUAAGAUUUCCGAUGUACUGCAAGAACAAUUGAAAGAGCAGUUGGAGCCGAGUCGAUCUAUAUUUAACGUCAACUCGCUCAUGUCGCGUAAGGAGCCAGCAGAAGAACCCUUGCCGCUAAAGCCUGAUGCUCGAGCAAAUAUAUCCACAUCUACCCCAUCUGCAGCUCCCUUGCCGCAGCCAUCGCCUCGGGUUGUCAGUUUGAGUUCAUUUGCUAGAGGUGCAACCAAAAUAACGCCGUCAAAUAGUAGUAAUAGUAGUAGUAGUAAAAGAUCAAUGUCAUCAGUCAUCUCAAGUUCCUUGAUGAAUUACGUGAGCAAGAAGCCCAGAGUAGAUGUAGCAGCAGGUGGAGAUGACAUAGCGAUAGCAGUGAGUGGUCAAGAUACGAGCAUGUUGGUGGAUGCCUCCAGCAGUGCAGCGUCCGAAGCAACAGAAAUGGAGGUGGAUGAAUUAGACGAAUCGAGUGAGGAGGCUGAUACUGAUGCUGAGCCUUCCAAGAUUUCGAAAUCAAGUGGCCAAGAACCUGAUCAAUUCGACAGUACAACAGAAGAGUCUGUACCAGGCACCGACUUGAGGGAAUAUGUGCCUACCGUAAGCAACGUCUCCUCUUUCAAGGGAUUAUGGAGAACGGUAGGACGCACAAAGACUGUAAAAUCCAUUGAUUUAGCUGCUUUGCGCAAAUCACAACCAGCCAUCAUCACACCCAAUGAAGCAUAUGCCUCUCAGUCAGUACAGACAUCAGUGCAAGUAUUACAGAAUGCAAGUGUCAAGAACACGGACGACAAUGAAAAGGCCACAAAAGCAUUGAGCCGUGUGAUUAGUAAACCUGAUUUCGCUCGAAUGGAAGUGCUGGGUCAAUUUAAUCUCGGGUUCAUGAUUACUGCGCUAGACGACCAGGAUUUGUACAUUAUUGAUCAGCACGCUUCAGACGAAAAGUAUAAUUUUGAGACACUGCAGCAAACAACGCAUAUCAAAGGUCAACGACUGAUAAGCUCGCCCAUUCUGGAUUUGACGGCAGCAGAAGAACUCAUUGUGAUGGAUAAUCUGGACAUUUUUAAGGCAAAUGGCUUCGAUGUUGAAAUUCUCCCCGAUAAUCCACCUACCACCAGGAUACGUGUCAUUUCGCAGCCUGUCAGCAAAAACACCAUGUUUGAUAAGCGAGAUUUCAGCGAGCUCAUCCAUCUUAUCACAGAGCAUCCGGGAGAGAUGGUAAGAUGUAGUCGAAACAGAGCCAUGUUUGCAUCAAGAGCGUGCCAUAAAGCAGCACGCAUAGGUGAUAGUUUGAGCAAGAAUCAAAUGACAAAGAUUGUGAGACACAUGGGCGAAAUUGAUCAACCUUGGAAUUGCCCUCAUGGUCGACCAACCAUGCGCCAUUUGUUCAAUAUUUCUCAGUUCAAACAAGAGUACAAAGCAAAUGCCUCCAAUCGAGCAUUGCAAUUUUCAGGCACGCUUUUUCAUACAAAAUAA